AAUCCUCCUCAACUGUUCAUGGUGAUACAUGGACAAGGUGGGACAGGAAAAACUUGUCUAUUACAUGCUAUCACUGCCUUGUUCCAAAAUUUGGGAUGUUCCCAGCAGCUGGCAAAGAUAGCUUUGACUGGCAUUGCAGCGUUGCAAAUCAGAGGAAAAACACUGCAUUCCUGGGCGACCAUUCCAGCCAAAAAAGGUCUUCCCUGUUCAGACAACUGGAUCUUUCACCCAAUGAAAGAAACUGCAAAACAUUGCAGCGCUAAUAUGCAAGGAAAAUGGCUCCUGACUGCAGAUGAAAUGAGUUUGUUAACGACAGAAGUCUUAUGGCUUCUAUCCCAAGUAUUAACCGCUUUUCGUGCAGGAGAAGGUAUAACAUUUAUUGCUUAA